GCCUGAGGACCAGAUCAUCAUGUCAGACAACUUAUGGUAUGAAGGCAUCCCUUUCCCGAAGAAGGAUUAUAACCCUGAGAUCCUAAGGAAAGUGCAGGAAGAGUUUGUGAUAAAGGAUGAAGAUGUAUUAAUAAUCACUUUUCCCAAAUCAGGAACAAACUGGUUGAUUGAGAUCCUCUGCCUGAUUUACUCCAAGGGGGAUACCAAGUGGAUCCAGUCUGUGCCCAUCUGGGAACGCUCACCCUGGAUAGAGUCUGAGCCUGGGUUUGCUUUUGCAAAUGACAGGGAGGGCCCACGCUUGCUCAGCUCCCACCUCCCCAUCCAUCUCUUCCCCAAGUCUUUCUUCAGUUCCAAGGCCAAGGUGAUUUAUGUCAUCAGAAAUCCCAAAGAUAUUAUUGUAUCUGGUUACUUUUUCUGGAAUUCAGUGCAUUUUGUUAAGAAACCAAAGUCAAUGGAACAGUAUCUUGAAUGGUUCCUGGAAGGAAAUGUGCCAUAUGGGUCAUGGUUUGACCACGUUCGUGCCUGGAUGUCCAUGAGAGAGAGGGAGAACUUCCUGAUGCUGAGUUAUGAAGAGCUGAAACGGGACACAGAAGGAAAUAUAGAGAAGAUUUGUCAAUUCCUGGGUAAGAAGGUAGAGCCAGAAGAACUCAACCUAAUCCUCAAGAAUAGCUCCUUCCAGGCCAUGAGAGAAAACAAGAUGUCCAAUUUCUCCAUUCUGGAUGAUACUUAUAUAGUUCACAAAAACCCACUUCUGAGAAAAGGAGUAACUGGGGACUGGAAAAAUUACUUCACAGUGGCCCAAGCUGAAGCCUUUGAUAAACUAUUCCAGGAGAAGAUGGCAGAUCUUCCUCAGGAGCUGUUCCCCUGGGAAUGAUGUCUAAGAUAGUUCUGGAUCUUAUAUAGAUGCUGAUAUGUUUUCUCCUGUCCCUGUACACAUGCAUGACUUGGGUUCAUUGUGUAAAACCUAUUUUUUCAUCCUGGAGCCUUGAAUAAUCAAAUCUUUGCAUCUUUGACUACUUCCUUG